CGGUGUCCGCGACGCAGCUGUUCACGCUUAGGUGGGCGACGUGGGCGCAGGUGGGCGCAGGUAGGCGCGUGGGGUGGCGGCGGGGUGGCCGGCGGGUCUGGGCGCCGGGAGACCCAGAGCCCCGGGGCGGGCUCCCGCGGGGCUCCGCCCCCUCCACGUGGGUGCGCGGAGGCCCGGCGCCGCGCGACCGGGCGGCGGCCCUGGGGUUCGCGGUGCUGGGGAGGCUGGUGCGGCCGGUGCGUCCCGGCGCGGGCUUCGACACCCGCAACCCCUCUGGGUUAACUCAGCGCGGGCGAGCGGAAGGGACUCAGCUGGCUCCUAGGUUUCAGGCCGUCAGGGCUUGCAGUGGCUCUGGUUUCAUUGUCUUUCUCUGAAGACGCCCUGAUAUGCCCUCCGGGGCUUUCAGCUCCCACUUUCUCUUUUUUAAUUUUUGAGGCAGUGUCUCGCUGUGCCACCCAGGCUGGAGUGCAGUGGCGUGAUCAUAGCUCACUGCAGCCUCCACCUCCUGGGCUCAAGCAGUCCUCCCGCCUCAUCCUCCCAAGUAGCUGGGACCACAUGCGCGCGCCACCACACCCGGAUAAUUUUUAAAAAUGUUUUUUGUAGAAAUGGGGUCUCACCAUGUUACCCAGGAUGGUCUCGAAUUCUUGGGCUCAAGCGAUGGAUUCUCCUGCCUCGGCCUCCCAAAGUGCUGGGAUUACAGGAGUGAGCCAACGCGCCCGGCCUCACUUUCCAUCAUAAGCAUGCUUUCCAUUUCCUUCCUUCCAUCAUUCAUUCAUUCAUUCAUUCAUUUUUAAAAAACGUUCAUUGGGUUCCUCCUGCACUGUUCGGGGCAUUGGGCUACAGCUGUCAGCAAGUGGAGACAAGUCUGUGAUCUAGUGAACUUCCAUUCUGGAGGGGAGAGACAGAUGAACAAGGUGCACAGAGCAGGUGAUGGAUGGCAAAACAGAAGAGAAAAGUUCCUGAAGUGACAGAGAAAAAGAACAAAAAGCUGAAGAAGGCGUCAGCAGAGGGGCCACUGCUGGGCCCUGAGGCUGCACCAAGUGGCGAAGGAGCCGGCUCCAAGGGAGAAGCUGUGCUCAGGCCUGGCCUGGACGCAGAGCCGGAGCUGUCCCCAGAGGAGCAGAGGGUCCUGGAAAGGAAGCUGAAAAAGGAACGGAAGAAAGAGGAGAGGCAGCGUCUGCGGGAGGCAGGCCUUGUGGCCCAGCACCCGCCUGCCAGGCGCUCGGGGGCCGAACUGGCCCUGGACUACCUCUGCGGAUGGGCCCAAAAGCACAAGAACUGGAGGUUUCAGAAGACAAGGCAGACAUGGCUCCUGCUCCACAUGUAUGACAGUGACAAGGUUCCCGAUGAGCACUUCUCCACCCUGCUGGCCUACCUGGAGGGGCUGCAGGGCCAGGCCCGAGAGCUGACGGUGCAGAAGGCGGAAGCCCUGAUGCGGGAACUGGAUGAGGAGGGCUCUGAUCACCCCCUGCUGGGGAGGGCCCAGCGCAUCCGACAGGUGCUGCAGCUGCUCUCCUAGUGGGUUCAGUGCAGGGCUGCCUCAGACCACACAGGGUGCAGCUCCUCCGGCGGUGGGGGCCGGGAUCACCAGCAGGGCAGCGGCUGAGCAAGGGCUUUCAGCUCCUCCAGUGGUGGGGGCCGGGAUCACCAGCACCAGAGCCUCGCAAGGGCCCCUUCCCUCCUCCAGACCCUCCUUGGCCGGUGAUGGCUGUGACAGUGAUGGCAGGUUCAGUGCCUUCAGCGCAGAGCGGGGAUGCUCUGGAAUCACCCGGACCCCUGGCCUUGGAGGGACCCUCCAGCCCCAGGAAUCUGCUUUGGAGGGAAAUGUCUGUUUUUCUACCGGGAAUAUUUGAGAGAUUGGGGCACGCUGGCUCCUCCCGCCAGCUGCAAACCUGCACCUUCCGCCCGAUUCCCCAUCCCCCUGCGUGGGCCGCAUUCCUGGUCCCCUGCCUGUGUCCAUCGAGGGGCCUGGCUGUGGCCUGUUUUCCUUUGACCCCACACAGCGUCAUUGCGGGUCAUGGGGAGCCCCUGGUGGGAGCUUGUGGAGUCGGAUCACGUACCUGUGCAGAAACCGUCUCUGUGGCUGCAUUUGAAAUAAAACCCGAUCCAGCAGCGGCCGUGGGCCCUGCUCUGUGCGGUGCGUCCCCUGCCUGUGGACUGCGGAAUUCGUGUCCCCCAUGCCGGCGCACGCCAGGCUGAGACCCCGUCCUUGGUGGCCACCCCAGGAUGGCAUUGGGGGCGCUCCGUGUGUGGCGUUCCUGGCAGUGGGUGCUGACUGAUCGCUUGCGUUCAGGCCGGCCGUUUCCCAGCGCUGGCAGUGACUGACCCUGCCAGGAAACACACUUAGGCCGCACAGAAUCAAGCCACACACUUCCUGUUUCCAGCAGCACGUGGUCCCUGCCCCCAAGUGAUGUGAGGUGCCGCGGGGCACCGGGAAGGACGUGGUGACCGCAGAGCUCUGGGCAGCUGCCGGGGAGGGCCGGGUGGCCAUGGCGAGGAGGUCCGUGCACCACUGCGAGGCCAAGUCUGUUCCAGGAUGGGCCCCAGGGAGGGCUGAGGCCAGCGGCUCCGGCCUGGGCCUCCACAGAGCAGACACCCAGGUGCUGCUGCCCCGGAGCUGCCUCCUGCCCAGCCCAGGUUGGGGGUUUGUGCUGUUGUCUCAGUGCUCCCCGAACUGACGGUGGAGCAGAAAAGUAGCUGCAGCCGCCACCUGGCAGCCUUGGGACGCUGGCUCAGGCCCUGAGUGCCCCCUUGGGUGCCCCGCCCCCCCAACAGAACUGCUGAGGCUGAGGUCAGGCUGCCUGCCUUGGCUGCCACCAACGCACAGAGCUGCAUGCAAGCCGGGAGGCAGGAGCACGGCCGGCCUCACCCCAUGAGAGCAGAGUCACAGGCUCCAGGCUGUCAUCGUGGGGAGGGCCUGGGGCUUCCCGUGGCCACUGCUGGCCUGGCUGGGCCUCCUCAGCCGUGGCCCUCGGGGCCUGCACCUCAGAGCGGUGACUGGCCUCACUGUGACCCACGGACGUCUACUGUGACUUCCUCCUUAGCUCCCUGAAGACACCCAGGGCUGGGCUAAGAUGUGGUCUGGGCAGGUCUGGCUGACCACUCAGGCCAUCUCUAUGUGGACAUCGAGACUCGGGGCCGGAGGAGACCCUAAGGACUGUGUCCCCAGGUCCUCUCUGCACCCACCAAGCUGUGGGAAGGCGAUGAGGCUGUUUGCUCUUCCUUGGCCAGCAUCCAGCCCCGUCCCCCCACUGUUGUGGCCAAAAUUCUGACCACCCACGACACAGGGCCUGCUGUGUGCACCCCACUGGCCCAGGACGGGCCUUGCCGGCGGCAGGCGAGGAGUCCAGCCCCUCCUGGUGUCGGUCAGGUGAACUCACAAACAGGAAGGCACGUUGCACAGCACGAACCUUCAGAUCUGCCAGGCGGUGCCUACGAUCCGGCUGCUGGCAGCACAGCUUUGCAGAGAAGCUGCUGGGAAGGGUCCGUGGUCAGCCCAGCAGUCAGGGUGCUUGGUGGCCCCUAUGCUGUGAGGCGCCUUAAACAAACAGCAGAGGGAGACCCGCAAAGUGCAAAGAGGGGGCAGCAGCCUCCAGAAGGCAGGGCUGAUGGAUCCGGAACAGAGCUCUGAGCUUCCCAGCAGCCGAGUCAGAAAGGGAAAUGGGGUGGGUACUGCUGAGUCCUCACCGACUAUUAGUGGGAAAAGUUCUUGAAGACCUGGACCUCCCUUCGACAGCACAGAUGCUCCCCUGACACCGGCUGGGGAGUGCUCUCCUGUCAGGGGUUCCCACCUCUGUGGAUCGUAAGGUGCCAAGCUCCUCAGGGCUCCCUGGCGAAAGAUGCCGAAGGGUGGUGCAGAGAUGUCACCUGGAAUGUGGCUCAGAGGACCACGCAAUGCCCUGGGGUCUCCCUACCCCGUGCAGGUCAGUGAGGGCACCCGCCCAUGCAACCCCAGGGGCCAACCAUGUGGGGCCACCUGUGCUGGGGCUGUGUGUGCCGGAGAACGGGCUGUGAGUCCCUGUCUCAGCUGGCGCUUGUGCGGGACUCCUGAGCCAGGAAGCCUCCGGCUAAGGAAGCCCCGCCUUAGCCUGGAGACGACCCUCACGUCUGUCCCUCACGUCUGUCCCUCGGCAAGUGCUCCUCACUGUGGAGAGGGCAGCUGCUGACCUGCAGCAAGCCAGGCGGUGGAUCGAGAUUUGUGCCAAGUGAGGGGCCAAACUUAGCGUGGGCAUGCGUGCUGUUCUCUUUACAUGUGUCCAAGGCCAUAAGCGAUGGGCUGUGACAAAGCACAUCUGGGCUGAGCUCAGGGAGAAAUGUCCCCUGCAGUAGAUAUGCAAGUGUGUGCAGGUGCCAGAAACACCAAACCACACACUGAUAACUCAUGCCGGGUGCGGCAGCUCACACCUGUAACUCAGCGCUUUGGGAGGCGGAGGUGGGAGGAUCGCUUGAGCUCAGGAGUUUGAGACCAGCCUGGGCAACAUGGCUAAACUGCCCCCCAACAAAAAAUAAAAAAUCCGGGGAUGGUGGCAUGUGUCUGUAGUCACAGCUGCUCGGGAGGCUGAGGUGGGAGGAUGGCUUGAGCUCGGGAGGUCGAGGCUGCAGUGAGCAGUGAUUACACCACAGAGCAAGAGCCGGCAUCUAAAAAAAAUUUAGUGCGGUGAGCACUAAAUUUAGUGGCUCACACCUGUAAUCCCAACACUUUGGGGGGCCAAGGUGGGCGGAUCACGAGGUCAGGAGUUCGAGACCAGCCUGACCAACCUGGUGAAAGCCCAUCUCUACUAAAAAUACAAAAAUUAGCUGGGUGUGGUGGUGGGCGCCUAUAGUGAUCCCAGCUACUCAGGAGGCUGAGUCAGGAGAAUCGCUUGAACACAGGAGGCAGAGGUUGCAGUGAGCCGAGAUCGUGCCAUUGCACUCCAGCCUGGGUGACAGAGCGAGACUCCGUCUGAAAAAAUAAAUAAAUAAAAAUAAAAGUAAUGUUUUUAAAUAAUCAAAA